GGGAGGGUGCCGCCUCUGAGCCACUCCGCUGGUUGAGCUGACAGGACUUGCUGAGUGACGGUUUUCACAUGGGUGGGAAAGAGAGGUCAUCAAGGACACACUGGAAGUUUGACACCUAAAAGGAUGGAUGGGGAAGACUCUUCUCAGGAAUCAGAGGGUGGCUCUGAGAAAGGCUGUGCUCCACCUUAGUCCAGUGGACCUUAGUCUGUUGCGUGAAGGGAUCUCCUAAGGAGAUGACAGGGUGUGACCCUGGGUGGAGUGGGAUGAAAAGGUGAAGUUUUUUCACCUUGUCACUAGACUCUAGAGCAGAUUGGCAUGUAGCUACAGCCCGCUGGCCCAGGUCAACCUGAGGCUCCUGGGGCAAGGUACACUGGGGAAACAGUGGCCCAGGGUCAUCUCCCAGUGCCUUUGCUCCCUGUCCUAUCCCUGCAGCCCCCCCAUCUCCUCUCGCCACUUUCCCCCACGCUUUCACUGCACUCCAGCCUGGGGACCUCAGCUGUCUCGGACCCCACGCCCCCACUGGAGAGACAUGAAGAUGGAGAAAGGGUGUUCUUUUUCCCUGUCAUGUGUCUGAGAUUCUGGUGGAUGCUGGGACCCGCCCACCAGGAGCCCACAGCACUGCCCGUCGUCCUGAGAAAUGCUGGAAGCUGGGUGUGGCCCCAGGCGGGGGACCUGUUUUUCCUGUUUCCUGCAGAGUUCCCUGCAGCCCUGUCCAAACGUGUGCAUUCAUGAGUGAAGACCCAAGCGGGCGCGGAGCAUCCUGCUGCACGAACUGGGGCCGGUCAGGUAUGGACGUGCGAGGGGCGAUGGCUGCAGGCCUGGGCCACUGGAAUGGCACCAUCAAUGGCACCUGGGAUGGGGACGAGCUGGGCUACAAGUGCCGCUUCAAUGAGGACUUCAAGUACGUGCUGCUGCCUGUGUCCUACGGUGUGGUGUGCGUGCUUGGGCUGUGCCUGAACGUCGCGGUGCUCUACAUCUUCCUGUGCCGCCUCAAGACAUGGAAUGCCUCCACCACCUACAUGUUCCACCUGGCCGUGUCGGACGCGCUGUACGCGGCCUCCCUGCCGCUGCUGGUCUAUUACUACUCCCGCGGCGACCACUGGCCCUUCAGCACCCUGCUCUGCAAGCUGGUGCGUUUCCUCUUCUACACCAACCUCUACUGCAGCAUCCUCUUCCUCACGUGCAUAAGCGUGCACCGGUGCCUGGGUGUCUUGCGCCCACUGCGGUCGCUGCGCUGGGGUCGGGCCCGCUAUGCCCGCCGGGUAGCAGCCGGCGUGUGGGGGCUGGUGCUGGCCUGCCAGGCACCUGUGCUCUAUUUCGUCACCACCAGCACGCGUGGCAGCCGCAUUACCUGCCACGACACCUCGGCCCCUCAUCUCUUCAACCACUUCUUGGCCUACAUCUCCGUCAUGCUGGGCCUGCUCUUCGCGGUACCCUUUGCCACCAUCCUGGUCUGCUAUGUGCUCAUGGCCCGGCGGCUGCUGCAGCCGGCCUACGGGACUGCCGGGGGCCUGCCGCGAGCCAAGCGCAAGUCCGUGCGCACCAUCGCGGUGGUGCUGGCUGUCUUCGCCCUCUGCUUCCUGCCGUUCCACGUCACCCGCACCCUCUACUACUCCUUCCGCUCACUGGAUGUCAGCUGCCACACCCUCAACGCCAUCAACAUGGCUUACAAGAUCACCCGGCCGCUGGCCAGCGCCAACAGUUGCCUUGACCCGGUGCUGUACUUCCUGGCUGGGCAGAGGCUCGUGCGCUUUGCCCGGGACGCCAAGCCACCCACAAAUCCCACUCCUACUGCCCAGGCUAGCCGCAGGCUGGGCCUGCGCAAAUUUCGCAGAACCAACACCAACACAGAAGACACAUCCGCCAGCAGUGAGAAUUCCAGGCAGACAGAGCCCACGCUGGCUGGUGGUGGGAAUAUUAAGGACAUCAGGCUCUAACACCUGAACCCCUCUCACCUGUGCAAGUUUAUAUGGAGGCUGGCGGUGGAGGAGGGACUGCAGGGACUAGGACUUGUUCCAGUGGGACGGCCUCCCCAGAUAUGGACCAUCAUGACGCAUGCUGGAUGGUCAAGGGAGCCAUGACCCAACACUGUCAUCUGCAGGGGCUCAGGACACUCUCUGUGGUCCAGAGAACUCAACAGUCCCCACAGCCCCAUCACCAUCUGUAUGUAUCAGUUGGGGAAUAAGGUUUCAAGAAAGGCAAGGGUUCAGGGCCAAUGCCACUGCUGGCCUGACUCACCCACAUAGAGAGCCAGCUGUGCCUAUCAAGGUGCCUGGGCCUGAGCCCAGCUGAACAAGUCAAUGGAGAAACCGGCCCAGAGAGGAGAGCGACCCCCCUGGGGCACACAGAGGAGUCUGGGCCUGAGCUGCCUGGGAAGGACAGGGUCGCAGGUUGAAUGGAGGACCCUGGCAAGCAGCCGGGGCUGAGCCAGAGCUUCCCCCAGGAGUUGGGGGCAGGUCUGCGUGCAGUGGACUUGGCAAUGAGGAGCACCCCCAGCCCAAGAGAUGAACAUCUGGAAACUGGUGCCCUGAACCCAUCUGGAGGCUCCCAGGGGCUGGGAGCCAGCUGAGGCUCUAACUUAUACUAAAAGUGUUGUGAUCUG